AUGCACCAUCCAUUAUUGCUUUCACCAUCUCAUCUCUCUCUUACUCGCUUGACACUCUUGGAGAAAGAAUCAAAGAACCCUACAACAUUUGUGCUUCCAAUGUCGUCGUCUGCUGCGUCUUACCUCACCAUGACAUCGAGUGUAAAUGGUAGUGAUAUCAGGGGCAUAAAAAUCUUUCAUUUUCUUAUUUUGUGUUUGUGUUUUCUUGGCAUCUUUUGGGACCCUUGCGCCACCUGGACUGUGAACUUGAAACUGGGAUUUGAAGUUUUCCUAGACUUGAAGUCGAAAAGGAACACUAGAUGAAAACAAAAGAAGAAGUUGAUCGAAAUCAUGUGUUUCAUGGAGACUUGGAUCAUGUGUAUUGGAACAGCAGAGCCUUUUUUAUGGAGCACAACUUGAGAAGGAAUAAGAAAAGACGGUGCUCUUGCAUUAGCUUUGGCCGGGGGUAACAAUCUUUUCGAAAGCCAAGUCUACCUACAUUUAAAUAAGUUGUGUAGGUGUUUGUAUCUGGAUGUCUCUGUAUGAAUAUGUAAUUUAUAAUUAAUUAUCUUUGAUUUGCCAUUUGUAGCAAUGUACUUUCAUUAUAUUUGCAA